GAGAGACCAUGAUGGCGGCGGCACUUGGGCCCCCAGAAGUGAUCGCCCAGCUGGAGAACGCGGCCAAAGUUCUCAUGGCACCUCCUUCCAUGGUCAACAAUGAACAACGCCAGCAUGCAGAGCACAUAUUCUUAUCAUUUAGGAAAUCGAAGUCACCAUUUGCAGUUUGCAAGCAUAUUUUGGAAACAAGCAAGGUGGACUAUGUCCUCUUUCAAGCUGCCACGGCCAUCAUGGAGGCGGUGGUCCGAGAGUGGAUUCUCUUGGAAAAGGGCAGCAUCGAGUCACUGCGAACAUUCCUUUUAACCUACGUCUUACAGCGGCCCAACCUCCAAAAGUAUGUUCGGGAACAGAUUCUCUUAGCAGUAGCAGUAAUUGUAAAACGAGGCUCACUAGAUAAGUCAAUUGACUGCAAGAGCAUUUUUCAUGAAGUCAGCCAGUUGAUCAGUAGUGGCAAUCCCACUGUGCAAACUCUGGCCUGUUCUAUUCUGACUGCACUAUUGAGUGAAUUCUCAAGUUCAAGUAAAACUAGCAACAUUGGACUGAGUAUGGAAUUUCAUGGUAACUGCAAAAGAGUUUUUCAGGAAGAAGACCUUCGACAGAUCUUCGUGUUAACCGUGGAAGUUUUGCAGGAGUUCAGCAGGCGGGAAAACCUCAGUGCUCAGAUGUCCUCAGUGUUUCAGCGCUACCUCUCACUCGCCAAUCAGGUCUUGAGCUGGAACUUUCUUCCUCCAAAUUUGGGCAGACAUUAUAUAGCCAUGUUUGAAUCCUCACAAAAUGUGCUGUUAAAGCCAACGGAGUCCUGGCGGGAGACCCUUCUGGACAGCAGAGUCAUGGAGCUUUUCUUUACAGUACAUCGAAAAAUCAGAGAAGAUUCGGAUAUGGCACAAGAUUCUCUGCAGUGCCUCGCCCAGUUAGCUUCUUUGCAUGGACCUGUCUUCCCCGAUGAAGGAGCACAGGUUGACUACCUAGCACACUUCAUUGAGGGUUUACUGAGUACUAUCAAUGGUAACAUUUGUUACCUGGUUUGUAGAAUUGAAAUAGAAGAUUCUGAAGCUGUGGGGAUCUCCAGCAUUAUCAGCAACCUGAUAACUGUGUUCCCUCGAAACGUCUUAACUGCCAUUCCAAGUGAGCUUUUCUCGUCCUUUGUGAACUGCCUCACACACCUCACUUGUUCUUUUGGGCGUAGUGCUGCUUUGGAAGAAGUGCUUGAUAAAGAUGACAUGGUCUACAUGGAAGCAUAUGACAAGUUGCUGGAGUCCUGGCUGACAUUGGUCCAAGAUGACAAACAUUUCCAUAAAGGCUUUUUUACCCAGCAUGCAGUUCAAGUCUUCAAUUCCUAUAUUCAGUGCCACCUGGCUGCUCCAGAUGGCACAAGGAAUUUGACUGCCAAUGGUGUGGCCUCUCGUGAGGAAGAGGAAAUAAGUGAACUUCAAGAGGAUGACCGAGACCAGUUUUCAGAUCAACUAGCAAGUGUAGGAAUGCUAGGAAGAGUUGCCGCAGAGCACUGUAUCCCUCUUCUGACAAGUUUAUUAGAAGAAAGAGUGACAAGGCUCCACGGUCAGUUACAGCGACAUCAGCAGCAGUUACUUGCUUCACCCGGUUCCAGCACCAUUGACAGCAAAAUACUUGAUGAGCUCUAUGAAGAUAUUCACUGGCUCAUUUUAGUUACAGGCUACCUCUUAGCUGAUGAUACUCAGGGAGAGACUCCGCUAAUACCUCCAGAAAUAAUGGAAUAUUCCAUUAAGCAUUCAUCUGAAGUUGACAUUAAUACAACACUUCAAAUUUUGGGAUCUCCAGGAGAAAAGGCUUCUUCCAUCCCAGGGUACAACAGAACAGAUUCUGUGAUUAGGCUGUUAUCUGCCGUUCUCAGAGUUUCGGAAGUUGAGUCUCGAGCAAUAAGAGCAGAUCUCACUGAUCUGCUAAGCCCUCAAAUGGGCAAAGAUAUUGUUUGGUUUCUAAAACGCUGGGCAAAGACUUAUCUCCUGGUGGAUGAGAAGCUAUAUGAUCAGAUAAGUCUACCAUUCAGUACAGCAUUUGGAGCAGAUACUGAGGGUUCUCAGUGGAUUAUUGGCUACCUCUUACAGAAAGUCAUCAGCAACCUCUCGGUGUGGAGCAGUGAGCAGGACCUUGCUAGUGACACUGUGCAGCUCCUUGUCACUUUGGUGGAAAGGAGAGAAAGGGCAAACCUAGUAAUCCAGUGUGAAAACUGGUGGAAUUUAGCUAAACAGUUUGCGACCCGAAGCCCCCCUCUGAAUUUUCUGUCCAGUCCGGUGCAGAGGACGCUGAUGAAGGCCCUUGUCCUGGGAGGCUUUGCACAGAUGGACACAGAAACCAAACAACAGUAUUGGACUGAGGUUCUUCAGCCAUUGCAGCAGCGAUUCUUAAGGGUGAUAAAUCAGGAAAACUUUCAGCAGAUGUGCCAGCAAGAGGAGGUCAAGCAGGAAAUCACUGCCACGCUAGAGGCCCUAUGUGGCAUUGCCGAGGCUACCCAGAUUGACAACGUGGCAAUUCUUUUUAAUUUCUUAAUGGACUUCCUUACCAAUUGCAUUGGAUUGAUGGAAGUUUACAAAAAUACCCCAGAGACUGUCAAUCUCAUAAUAGAAGUUUUUGUUGAAGUUGCACAUAAACAGAUAUGCUAUCUUGGAGAGUCCAAAGCGAUGAACUUAUAUGAAGCCUGCCUCACUUUGUUGCAAGUAUAUUCUAAGAAUAAUUUGGGGCGGCAGAGAGUGGAUGUCACAGCCGAGGAGGAGCAAUACCAGGACCUACUUCUUAUUAUGGAACUUCUUACAAACCUUCUGUCAAAAGAGUUCAUAGACUUCAGUGAUACAGAUGAAGUGUUUAGGGGACAUGAGCCGGGGCAAGCAGCAAGCAGGUCUGUGUCAGCCGCGGAUGUUGUUUUGUAUGGAGUCAACCUAAUUCUGCCCUUGAUGUCACAAGAUCUUUUGAAGUUUCCAACACUUUGUAAUCAAUACUACAAAUUAAUUACAUUUAUUUGUGAGAUUUUUCCUGAAAAAAUACCACAGCUUCCUGAAGACCUUUUUAAAAGUCUGAUGUGCUCUCUAGAACUGGGAAUGACUUCAAUGAGCUCGGAGGUUUGCCAGCUGUGCCUGGAGGCCCUGACACCAUUGGCUGAACAGUGUGCAAAAGCUCAAGAUACAGACUCACCACUGUUUCUAGCGACACGGCACUUUUUGAAGCUGGUUUUUGAUAUGCUGGUUCUGCAGAAGCACAACACUGAGAUGACGACAGCAGCCGGUGAGGCGUUCUACACGUUGGUGUGCCUGCACCAGGCCGAAUACUCGGAAUUGGUUGAAACGUUACUGUCAAGUCAACAAGACCCAGUUAUUUACCAGAGAUUAGCAGAUGCCUUCAACAAGCUCACUGCAAGCAGCACCCCUCCUACGCUGGAUCGGAAACAGAAGAUGGCUUUUCUAAAGAGUUUGGAAGAAUUUAUGGCAAAUGUUGGUGGUCUCCUUUGUGUAAAAUAAAGAACAAAACUCUAUGCUUAAUUUA